AUGGACCACAAUGCGGAGGGCGCCGCCGCCGGCGCGUGGACGGUGCGGGCCACCCUGCGCGGCAUGGAGGAAGUGCAGCGGCAGCGCGGCCAGGGGACCUUGGGGACCCCCCCCCUCGCGGGCGCGCGACCGGCGGCGAGGACGUGGAGCUCGAGGAGCGGCGCGCGCAGCCGCUGGCCAAGCCAACGCCCUGCGUGGGAGAACCCAUCGGCCGAGGCUGCCGGCGGCCGGCGCCCGUCUCCAGGCUGCUGCGCGCGCAGCGCGCGCGCGGGGACGCCGCCCGCCGUCCUGAGAGGCGUCGACGGGGCGGCUGGGCCGGGUUGA